AUGAUACCUCGGAGUAUAUUCUUGCUUCCCAUACUGCUAUUUUCAUUACAAGGAUAUAUUUGUGCGUCAUCCAUCUUGAUGGGAACAUCAAAAAACGGGUUUAAUGAAAAUCGACAGAAAAGAGCUCUUUUAGCAGCACAGUUUGAAGCAACUUCUCCAAGAUAUUUUUUCCAUGAAGCUAUUAACUGGGGAGAAAGCAAAAUAAAAGGUUCUUGUCCUCAUGAAUGCCUUAAUGGAGCUUUCUGUUCUAAGACUGGUACAUGUGACUGUCAAAUAUUUCAGGCUCUUGGGACGAGGUGCCAGAUUGUCCCAAACAUGGGCAGUGGCAGAGAUGGGAUUUGCAAAACUUGGGGACAGUAUCAUUUCGAAACAUUUGAUGGCAUCUAUUAUUACUUCCCAGGAAACUGUUCUUACAUUUUUGCAAAGGACUGUGGUAAUUUGGAGCCUCGGUACACUGUAUGGGUUCAUAAUAGUCCUAAAUGCCUUGGUUCAGUGUAUUUUUGUUAUCGGUCAAUCAGCUUGUUCUUUUCAAACCAAGAAGAAAUUAAAAUUUAUGGUCAUGAAAUAAAAAAGAAUGGAAUCAGUUUAACAUUGCCUCAGACAAUUGGACAGGUUUUCAUCGAGAAACUAGCUGACUACAUUUUGGUGAAAACAAGCUUUGGCUUUUCUUUGGCCUGGGAUGGAAUAUCUGGAAUUUACCUGAAACUGUCUGACGAGCAUAAAGGGAAAUCAUGUGGUUUAUGUGCAAACUACAAUGGCAUUCAAUCUGAUGAUUUCAUAAUUCAGGAAGAGGACUAUACAGAAGACAUUGCUAUGUUUGCAAAUAGCUGGUUGGUGCAAAUGCCAGAUGACAUCAGAUGUGUACCCACACCCUCAGAUUUUCCAAAUCCAUGCUCCAGUGGAAUGCCAGCAUUUGAGGCCAUAUUCUUCAAGUGUCAGAUACUGUUGCAGUUUCCUUUUCUAAGCUGCCAUGAAUAUAUCGAUCCAUAUUUGUAUAUUGCCAGCUGUGUGAAUGAUCUUUGCAAAACUGAUGAUGAUGAAACCUAUUGCCGAGCAGCCACUGAGUAUGCUAGAGCCUGUUCUCAUGCUGGCUACCCUAUUCAGGACUGGAGAGAUGACUUUCCAGCGUGCACUGAUAGAUGCGAUGAUAGCUUUGUCCAUCGGGAUUGUAUCAGCUGUUGCCCACCAACCUGCACUUUUGAGAAGCAAUGUCUUGGGAGCAAUCUGCAUUGUCUUGAUGGCUGUUACUGCCCAGAUGGCCUCAUAAUGGACAAUGGGACUUGUAUCUCCUUGGAAAACUGUCCAUGUAGUUUUCAUGGAUUAGCUUAUUCUGUUGGUUCAAAAAUUGAGCAAGAAUGUACUGAAUGUGUCUGUGUUGGUGGAAUUUGGAACUGCACUGAACAUGACUGUCCAGUUCAAUGCUCAGUUGUGGGCGAUUCUCAUUUUACAACUUUUGAUGGCCGACAUUAUUCUUUUAUUGGCAUGUGCCAGUACAUCCUUGUGAAAGGGACGGGAAAAGAUAAAUUCACAAUUACUUUACAGAAAGCUCCCUGUGAGCAGAACCUUGGCUUGGUCUGCCUUCAGUCUAUAACUCUAAUUCUGGAAGAUGAUUUUAACAAACAAGUGACCCUUAGUAGGGGAGGACAAAUCCUCACCAGUCCUAACCAUGGCUUCAAUCUUAAUGGACUUGUUGAAAUUCAAACUCUGUCAUCCUUAUUUAUACUCCUAAAAACAACAUUUGGUUUAAAGAUACUGUUUGCUAUAGAUGGGGAAAGAAUUUAUAUUCAGCUCACUAGUGCAUGGAAAAGAAGAACAUUAGGUCUGUGUGGCACUUUUAAUGGGAACAUAAGGGAUGAUUUUCUUUCUCCAUCAGGCAUGAUAGAAGGCACUCCACAACUUCAUGCAAAUGCAUGGAGAGUUUCUUCCACUUGUUUUGCGCCUGUUCAUGUCCCAGUGGUGGACCCCUGUAACAUUAAUCAACAAAACAUUGGGUAUGCAGCACACUGUGAUGUCAUCCACCAGGCGCUCUUCACUCCUUGCCACAUCUACGUCAGCCCAGGGCUGUACUAUCAGUUGUGCCGUCACGAUGCUUGUAAGUGUGGAAGCGCCUGCCUCUGCAACGCUCUUGCUCACUAUGCCUACCUCUGUGGCCAGCGCGGUGUUCCCAUCGACUUUAGAGCUCAGAUUUCAUUCUGCGCCGUGGUGUGCCAGAAGGGGAUGUUGUACCAGCACUGUGCCUCGUUCUGCCGCCGCUCCUGCACGUCUCUCGCUUCCCCAGAGCAGUGUAACGAUGACUGUGCCGAAGGCUGUAACUGUCCUGAAGGCAAAUUUUACGAAGACACACUUAGCUUCUGUGUACCCAUAUUUCACUGCCGGUGUCAUUAUAGGGGCAGCAUUUAUCAACCUGGAGAACUCAUUCCAACACCUUCAGGCUUAUGCCAGUGUUCUAAUGGGACUGUGGAAUGUGAUGAAUCAGCAACGCCCUCUACUGUUCAAGUCUGCCCAGAGGGAAAACAGUACUUUGACUGCAGAUUUCCUGACCCUGAAUUGCCGGCUGGCGGUAUAAACUGUGAGACCACGUGUGCAAACCUGGCCAUGAAUUUCACCUGUGCCCCAUCCUCACCCUGUAUAAGUGGCUGUGUCUGUGCUCCAGGAAUGGCAGAGCACAAAGGGAAGUGCUAUGUCCCUGAAAGCUGUCCAUGUAUCUGGAAAGAUUGGGAGUACCUCUCAGGAGAAGUGAUUGCUACACCAUGUUAUACCUGUGUCUGUCGACGAGGAAUGUUCAACUGCACAUAUUAUCCGUGCCCAGCAGUGUGUACAAUUUAUGGAGACAGGCAUUAUCAUUCUUUUGAUGGAUUGGAAUAUGACUAUAUCAGUGAUUGCCAAGUCUUUUUGAUAAAGAGUACAGAUGAUUCGGAUAUUUCUGUCAUUGCCCAGAACAGGAAAUGCUUUGACAACGUUAUUGUUUGUUCUAAAAGUGUUUUGAUUUCAGUUGGGGACACUGAAAUUUAUCUGAACGACACUCCUUACAAACAGAAACGAUCAGGUUUUUUUCUGGAAAAUAAAUCCACAUACCAGCUUUGGAAGGCUGGGUACUACAUUGUAGUGUACUUUCCAGAGAAAGAUAUCACUAUUCUUUGGGAUAAGAAGACAACUAUUCAUAUCAAAGUUGGACCACAGUGGAAGAACAAAUUAUCAGGAUUGUGUGGAAAUUUUGACAAAUGUACUUCUAAUGAUAUGACCACAUCAAAUAAUUUAGAAGUGAGAAAUGCUCAGGUGUUUGGAGAUAGUUGGGCAUUAGGACAGUGUGAAACUCCAAAUGAAACGAUUAAACCCUGUGAAGCACAUCAAAACAAAUUUCCUUAUGCCAAGAAAGAAUGUUCCAUUUUGUACAGUGAUGUUUUUGCUCCUUGUCGCAAUGUGAUUGAUGUUACUUCUUUUGCCAAGAACUGCCAUGAGGACACGUGCAACUGUAAUCUUGGUGGGGACUGUGAAUGCUUAUGCACUAGUAUAGCAGCAUAUGCAUACAAGUGCUGUCAGGAAGGAGUAUCCAUUCACUGGAGAACAUCUACUGUUUGUUCACUUGAUUGUGAAUAUUACAAUGAAGGACUUGGAGAAGGACCAUAUAUGCUGGCAAGUUACGGGCAGAGUGGCCUUGUUCUUGGAGCCAAUAUGACCAGUAGAAGCAUUUUCUCUUUGCCAAGAAGUAGUAUUAAUGGCAAUUUAUUUUUUAAUUUUAUGAUCACUCCAGGCCUUUUCAAAGAGAAGACAUCAUCUUUGGCACUUGUUUCCUUGGAAUCUGCCGAAAGGCCAAAUUACUUUCUCUGUGUCCACGACAAUGACACUCUUAGUUUGGAGCUGUGGGAGGCAAAUUCAGCUUUUCAUCGGAGAGCAACAUUUUUCCAUCAUCAGGGCCUCUGGAUUCCUGGUUACAGUGCAUUUGAAUUAUAUAGCAAGAAAGGCUUUUUCAUCACAUUCACAGAUUCUGGUGUUAAAGUAUCAAAAUAUGAUGAUUCUGAAGAAUUUAAACAUUCGAGUAGCUUCAGCAUAGAAGAAAUCCAGGCAGCUGUGCCUUACAGGAGGAUGUGUGAAUGGAGAUACGAACCUUGUACCACUCCUUGUUUUAAAACAUGUAGUGACCCUGAAGCACUAGCAUGCAAAUUUCUUCCACCAAUCGAAGGAUGUUUGCCCUACUGCCCUAGGAAUAUGAUUCUUGAUGAGGUCACCCUCAAAUGUGUUUAUCCAGGAGACUGCAUACCAGUGCUUCCCACAGAACCAGCAUUAAUGCCUCCAGGUAAGCCAUCUAUAUCCAUGUUUAUAGGUCCAGAAACAAUAACUCCGUCAGACAUGCUAACACCAACGACAGGUCUGGAAUGUGAGCUUCAGCAAUUUGAUCCUGUUUAUAAUUGUAGCCAAUAUAUAUGCCUUGAUAUGGAGUGGAAGUUAUACAAUUGGUCUCUUAAUUGCCCGAAAGAUGUGACAAUGCCUGACUGUGGUUUCCGGGGAAGGCCUGUUCAAGUGAACAGUGAUAUCUGCUGUCCAGAGUGGGAAUGUCCUUGUCGGUGUUCCAUCUUGUCAGAAUUGAGUAUUAUUACAUUUGAUGGAAACAAUGCAGCAUUAUAUAGUAUGGCUUCUUACAUCUUAAUAAGAAUUCCUGGGGAGAUUAUAGUUGCUCAUAUUGAAAAAUGUUCGAUGAAUCAGAAUGGAAACUCAUUUAGAAAACUAUCUUCCUCUGGAAGAAUUUCUGGACUUUGUUUCAAGAAGUUAAAUGUGACAACACCUAUAAGUAAACUCCUUGUUGAUCGGCUAGCAAGAAAGGUAGAAGUGGAUUCUAUUGCUGUGCCUUUGCCUUUUUCAAAUCAAGAACUGUCCAUAGAAGAUUCUGGUUCAAUGUAUGUGGUUACUACUCCAGCUGGACUGAUUAUAAAGUGGACUCAUCUUACAGGAAUCCUAGAUAUUCAUUUUGGUUUCCAAUUUAACUUGUCAUCCUACACAGAAGGACUAUGUGGGAUUUGCAAUGAUGAUCCAGAUGAUGACCUAAAGAUGCAAAAUGGUACAAUUAUUACAAAUUUGGAAGACAUAGAAUUAUUUAUUGAGAGCUGGGAAAUCGAGAAAUCACUUGAAGUAACAACAAGAAGACCUGCUAGGAAUUGUACUGAGCAUGAUUGCAGUCACUGCAUUGAGUUAUUAAAUCGAAGAGUUUUCAUUCCAUGCCAUGAUAAAGUUUCACCGAAGGACUUCUGUGAAAAGAUGUGGAUCAAUUAUACCUAUUUUUGGAACUAUGAAUGUGAUGCCCUUUCUGCUUAUGUGGCUCUGUGUAACAAUUUUGACAUCUGUAUUCAGUGGAGGACACCUGAUUAUUGCUCUCUGAGCUGUCCAGAGGGAAAGGAAUAUCAACCUUGUGUUCGACCUUGUGAAGCAAGAACGUGCCUCAAUCAAUGGUUCUAUGGACACUCUCCAUGUGUAAACUUAAGAGAAGAUUGUGUGUGCAAAAAUGGAACUAUUCUCCACAGGCCAGAGUCAACUCAGUGCAUUCUGGAGAAAGAAUGUGCAUGUACUGAUAGUGAAGACCAACCGCGUACUGCUGGGGAGAUUUGGAACGGAGGUGUGGAUGAAUGUGCCUUAUACCAGUGUUUGGAGAAUGGAAGCAUUAUUUCUGUAGAGCCUGACUGCGAGGAAGAACCUUCACCCGUCUGUGAACGAGAAGCUGAAGUUGUCCUGGGCAUCAUUGAUAAGUGGACCUGCUGUUUGCAGGAAGUCUGCGGAUGUGACAUGACUUUGUGUGAAGCUACUAUCCCAUCGUGCACAGAUAGUCAAAAAUUGAUUGUGGGCCAUAGCCUUCUUUCAUGCUGUCCUCAGUAUAAAUGUGAAUGUGACCCAGUGAAAUGCCCCAAUGUGUCAACACCAGAAUGCAGGGAAGACCAAUUCAUGAUUCACGUUCAAGAGGGAGAACCUUGCUGUUUCUCUCCACUCUGUAUUUGUGAACCGUGCACUGAACCUAUUCCACUAUGUACUGAUGGGGAAUUUCUCACAGUGGAUCUUAAUACCACACACUUCUGUUGUCCUUGGUAUUAUUGUGUUUGUGAGCCAAAUCUCUGUCCUGUGCCACUACUCAACUGUGCAGAAGAUAUGGAUCUUGUGAAAGAAAAUGUAUCUGGUCAAUGUUGUCCAAUAUGGCAUUGUGAAUGUAACUGUGAAAACCUUGUUAUGCCAACUUGUGAAGUGGGAGAAUUUAUUACAAUCGACCAUAACUUUCAGAGUGACUGUGGGUGUGUACAGUAUAUCUGUGAAAAGGAUGAUGUGUGUGUAUUUCAAGAAGUAUCAGUAUUAAAUCCUGGACAAUCUAUGAUAAAGUAUUUGGAAGGGGACUUUUGUCAUACAACAGAGUGUCUAGAAGAAAAAGAUAACCAUACAGGCUUUCACACUCUGAACUUUACAGUGGUGAAUUGUUCAAAAGAAUGUGAUAUUCACCAGGCAUACACUCCAUCCCCAAGUGAUUUUGAUUGUUGUGGUACCUGCAAAAAUGUGUCCUGCAAGUUUUAUAUGGAAAAUGGAACAUCAUUCAUAUAUAAGGUAGGGAGUACAUGGCACUAUAAUUGCACCUCAUACGAAUGUGUUAAGACUGAUGAAGGGGCAAUGAUUCUGAACUACAGUGUGGUCUGUCCCCCAUUUAAUGAGACUGAGUGCAAAAUGAAUGAAGGGAUUGUAAAGUUAUAUAAUGAAGACUGUUGCAAAAUCUGCAAACGAGAAGAAAGAAUAUGCCAGAAAACGAUCAUUAAAUCAGUCAUAAGGAAACAAGACUGUGUAAGCCAAAGCUCUGUAAAUGUGGCAUCUUGUGAUGGGAAAUGCCCAUCAGCUACCAUAUAUAACAUCAACGUUGAAAGUCACCUAAGAUUCUGCAAGUGUUGCCGUGAGAAUGGAGUGCGAAACUUGACCGUGCCUCUCUACUGCUCGGGAAAUGGCACUGAAAUUAUGUAUACUCUCCAGGAACCUAUAGACUGUACAUGCCAGUGGAAUUAAACUCUUGGAUCCUGAGAAUUAUAUGCAAUCUUGUAAUGUCAUGUGAAGCUAACUUUUAUCACUAUUUAGACA